UUGCCAAUCUUCUUUCAGCGCAUCAACUGCGCCUUCCGAUCUGCUGCCUGACUGACGGCCGGAGCUGUCACAUCCAACCGGGAGAGACACACACUAACUAUGCACUGGUGGGAUCAACUUUAAAGAACAAUAAUCCUCGACAGCAGCAAACUGUCUUUCUCUCCUGCGUCCGCUCAACCGCACCUCCAACUCCAACUACGUGUCUCAUUCCGGCUGCUGCUAAUAAAGGCGACAGUUUUCCGGCAUCACAGCUUUCAGAGGAUCCACCAUGUUGUCCAGGCUGAGUAGCACCAUCUCCCGGAGGCCCGUGUUUUUUUCCGUCUGCAGAUGGGCACACACCAAGGAGAAGGGCAAGCCGCUCAUGCUCAACCCCCGCACUAACAAAGGAAUGGCCUUUUCUUUACAGGAGCGACAAAUGUUGGGCAUACACGGCCUGCUGCCCCCUAAAGUAGAAACACAAGACCUUCAAGCCAUGCGCUUCCAGAACAACCUCAAGAAAAUGACAGAUCCCCUUGAAAAGUACAUUUACCUGAUGGGCAUCCAGGAGAGAAACGAGAGGCUUUUCUACAGAGUCUUGAUGGGGGACAUCGAGGAGCUGAUGCCGAUUGUCUACACUCCCACUGUGGGCCUGGCCUGCACACAGUACGGACACAUCUUCAGACGGCCUAAAGGCUUGUUCAUCUCCAUUUUGGACAAAGGACACAUCCGCUCCAUUCUGGACAACUGGCCAGAGACCAAUGUGGCUGCAGUAGUAGUGACUGAUGGAGAGCGUAUUCUAGGCCUUGGUGAUCUGGGAGUGUAUGGCAUGGGAAUCCCUGUUGGAAAACUCUGCCUGUACACAGCCUGUGCCGGCAUCCGGCCUGAAAGGUGUCUGCCCGUAACGAUUGAUGUUGGCACGAACAACGAGACUCUCCUUAAAGAUCCGCUUUAUAUGGGCUUGUACCAGCGGAGAGACCGCUCUCAGGCCUAUGACGACCUCAUUGAUGAGUUCAUGGAGGCUGUGGUGGACAAAUACGGGCAAGACACCUUGAUACAGUUCGAGGACUUUGGGAACCACAACGCAUUCCGCUUCCUGAGGAAGUACAGGGAAAAAUAUUGCACCUUUAACGACGAUAUUCAAGGCACUGCAGCAGUAGCCCUCGCUGGUCUGCUAGCAGCUCAGAGAGCCACAGGGAAGCCCAUCACGGAGCACCGGGUGCUUUUCCUGGGAGCGGGAGAGGCUGCUCUUGGCAUCGCAAACCUGAUCGUGAUGGCCAUGAUGGAGUCGGGAAUGUCACAGGCGGAGGCCAGGGAGAAGAUCUGGAUGUUUGACAAAGAUGGCUUACUAGUAAAGGGUAGAACGCAGGCAAUGGACACGAACCAGGAAGCAUUCGUUCACGACAGUCCAGGUGACAUUCACAGCUACCUGGAUGCUGUCAACACCAUCAAACCUACAGCUAUCAUCGGUGUUGCAGGAGCCGGCCGACUGUUCAGCCAUGGUGUCAUCAAGGCUAUGGGAGUCCUAAACGAGCGGCCCAUCAUCUUUGCCUUGAGUAACCCCACUACCAAAGCAGAGUGUACAGCAGAGGACGCCUACACGCUCACUGAUGGAAGAUGUCUUUUCGCCAGUGGCAGUCCAUUUGGUCCAGUGACUCUGAGGGACGGAAGAGUCAUCACUCCUGGACAAGGAAACAACGCUUACAUCUUCCCAGGUGUGGCUCUGGCCGUGAUCCUGAGUGGAGUACGACACAUCAGUGACACUGUGUUCCUGGAAGCUGCAAAGACGCUGGCAGAGCAGCUGACUGAUGAAGAGCUGGAGGAAGGCCGACUGUACCCGCCGCUCUCCAACAUCAGAGAGGUUUCACUCCAGAUGGCCGUCAAGGUGGUGGAGUACGUGUACGCUAAAGGCAUGGCGUUCCGCUACCCAGAGCCCUUAGACAAGAACGCCUUUGUUAACGCGACCGUGUGGAACACCAACUAUGACUCCUUCCUGCCCGACACCUACGACUGGCCUGGGGUCAGCUUUAGCCCCAAAACUAACUAAGCAAAGUACACCCCUCCUCGUUUACUAUACUGGCCCUUAGUUGGAAUCAUGACUUAAAGUGUGUCUGUGAAACAUGCAUGCACUGGAAAAAACAGCGUGAAAAUAUGGUUUGAGCACCAAAAGCUUUGCAAACGACUAACCAUCUAAAAACACUCCGAACAGUAGAAGUCACGCUUUUUUUAAGAGUACUUACUUCAUACAGCAGCUGAACCGAUAUCCACUCCAGCCAUUUUUGUUUCAUCAUUGGAUUUGUUGCAGCUGUAAUAGUGUUUGUUGUUCACUGUGGAUUUUUGUAAUGUAGCCCCAUGGUGGUAUGGAUCUCCCACUUAGCUUUGCAGGUUUAAAAGCUGCUGCACCUUCCUCCCUGACACUUUGAAACUUGAUAUUAUUAUGGUAUUUUGUUGUUGUGUUUCUUAUGUAUUUAACCGGAAGUUACUUAUCAGGCUGUCAUGAAUACAACAAAUUGCCCCAUAAUAUAUAGAUCUAUUUUUAAAAAGUAUUUUUUUUAUAUUUAGGUUUUUACUGGAAAAAGCUUUGAAUCGGUUAGUUUCUUCUAGUUUGUAGCCACACAAUAAUAUUUCACCACCUAAAAUGCCAUUGUAACAAUAUUUUCAUGUAUUGUUGAUAUUUUUACAGCGCACAGUCAUUUUUAUAAAAGUGAAAAGAGCUUAUGUAUGAGGUGUUUUUAGGUCUAUUUUUCAAAUGCACCAUAUAGUAAGUGUUAAGACUUGUAUCGUAAAAGGCAUUGUUGACAUCACACACUGGAAAACAAACAAACUAACCUCACAACCUAUUUUAGUUUGACAUGAAUUUUACGUGUUUUAAUCAUUCAUCGUUCAUUUUCAAACAUAUAUAAAUGUUUUAAUCUUAGGACUGUUGCUAAAUGACUGCUUAACAUUUGACAGCACUUGUCAUGAUUGUCUUUGUCAAAUGUUUUAUUCAGCAUAAUGUCCCAUCGUUAAAUGCUGUAUGUUUAUUUGAAGAGAACCUCCAUGAAGUAGUUACUGUGUUAUAUUUUGGUGCCAGAAAAUGUCAACAGCAAAAUGGCCUUAUACUCUCUGUCUGCAAGAACAGAAUGUUUAUGCUGCUUAAAAUACAUAGUGGAGAUUAAUAAAAAAUUUAAAAAAUUACUCU